AUUGAGGCAGAAGUGCAGAGGAGGAAACAGCUACCCCAGCAGUCAGUGGAACGCAGAGCCAUCAUCUCCAAGUGCUACAAACCAAAACACCCAGAGGUGUACACGCUGCAGGACUCCUUCCUGGCCCCGGAGUUUCUGGAAAUCGAGAGGUUCUGCACAUCUCCAGGUGCUGAUCUCCAGGGCCUCCUGAGCUACCUCGAGUCCUUCUCAGACAAGAGGAUCUAUCGGCUCCCAGUGUUCACAGAGCAGUUCUGCCAGGCCCUGCUGGAUGAGCUGGAGAACUUUGAGCACUCAGACAUGCCUAAGGGCAGGCCCAACACCAUGAACAACUAUGGGGUUCUGCUCAGCGAGCUGGGCAUGGACGAGCGGCUCCUGACGCCGCUGCGGGAGCGGCUGCGGCCGCUGACGGCGCUGCUGUACCCGGAGCUGGGCGGGGCCUGCCUGGACAGCCACAGAGCCUUCGCCGUCAAGUACGCCCUGCACCAGGACCUGGACCUCAGCUCCCACUACGACAACGCCGAGGUCACCUUGAACGUUUCCCUGGGAAAAGAAUUCACAGAAGGAAAUUUGUACUUUGGGGAGUUCAACGAGGACCCCUGCCCGGUGCCCCGGUACAUCGAGGUGGAGCACGUGUGGGGCCGGGGGCUGCUGCACCGAGGGGGGCAGAUCCACGGGGCGCUGCCCAUCGCCUCGGGGGAGCGCUGGAACCUCAUCGUGUGGAUGCGAGCAUCGGCCGUGCGCAACCGCCUGUGCCCCAUGUGCCGCAGGAAACCCGAGCUGGUGCCGGCCGAGGGCUUCGGGGACGGCUUCACCGAGCCCCCGCAGGGGGAGGAGCAGCCCGAGACUGUCAGUGUGUGUGCCCUGGGCUAGCGGAGGGAUUCCCCACGCCGAGCUGCCCAAAGCUCCUCCCUGACCUCCCAGGCUGCGCAAGGAGCAGCGCUGACCUCGGGAAGGGAUGCAAAGCCAGCCCUGCCAGGAUUCCAGCCGGAACUCGGCUCCUGAGGGAUCGGGCUGAGACUGGGGGACUCUGCAAGGCACAGAAAUCCCGGCUCUGAUUCCCUGCAGGAGCUCUCUCAAUAUCUCCAAGUGCUCCAGGAAAGCAGCCAAAGCUCCUUGGCCUCUCUGCCAACAGCAGCACCCCAGGGCCCGCUGGAAAAGGGGCAGAACAGGCCAAUAAACCAAUUCUGUGCUUUUCAGGAGGCCUGAACAGAUGGGGCAGAAUGGGCCAAUAAACCAAUUCUGGGCUGUUCUUAGGGCUCCUGUCCUCUGCUGCUGAGCGGGCAGGGAGGAUCUGCUCAGGAAUGAGACCCAGGUGGUUCACAGUGAGCUGCUGGGAAUUGCCAUCGCUGGGUGUUUGUGUAACCCAGGCUCAGAACAAUGCCCAGGAGCAGCACUGAUCCCCCAGGGGGGCUGAGGGAUCUCCCAAGGCUUCCUUGGGAGCACAAACUUCCCUUUCAAAGGUUUGGUGAACCUUGUUAAGCACAGCCAGAGCUCUGGAAGCCACCUGCAGCACAGCAGAACUUCCCAGAGGAGGAUGAGAUUUACAUUUAACUUUACUUUAGUUACAUGAGCCAGUGAAAAUAUCAAAUAACUCUGCCAAGCUGGGUGCAGCAGCAGACAAGGCCUGGGGCUGCUGAAUUUGGCACCAAGGUCCCCCAGGACCUGAUGGAUUGGAAGGGUUGAGGCUUUCCCCUCCUUCCUUCCAGCUGGCUGAAAGCUCGUGACUCUUCCAUCUACUAAACAAACGAAAAAGCCAAAUAUUGUCUGAUUUCUGUGUGGAAAAUUAACUCGAUAUUCGAUAGAUGCUGCUGAAUUUGAGGGGCUUUUCCAUGGAUGUGUUCAGUGCAGCAGUCGCAGCACGAGGGCAGUCCCGUCGGUGAUUGCGGAGCGCUGAACCGGGAGCGGCUCGCACUGAAGGCGCUCCCUGAGCUCUCCCAGCGGCCCCGCUGGAUUUCAGCGCAGGGCGCUGAUGAGCUGCUCAUUAGCAAAGCUCAUUAAAAUUACAACGGGGAAGGAAACUGGCCUUUGUAUCUAAACGAGGAGUUGCUAGCAAGAAAAGCAGUCUCGAAGCCUUUACCUAGUUCACCUGGAACGCGAGCGCUCCAAAUCUGCUCGAAUCCUCCCCAAAAACUGAGCUGCGGCCGGGGCGAG